AUGCCUCCCAUUCCCCUUGAUGUUGUCGCGCAGCAGUUCCAGCAAUGGACUUCAAGUGCCAUGAUGGUUUCACGUCUUGUUGUCCUUGCAGCAACACUGUACACCAGCCGCUGGUACUAUGCACAACCAUAUCAUACCUCAAAGCUUACAGGGAUUGACUGGGUGAACGAGCUUAUUCUUGGACAUCCAGAGCGUAUAUAUAAUGAGCUAGGCAUGCAUCUCCAUGUUUUUGUGAUGCUAAUCAUUGAGCUCCGUCAAAUGGGUUAUGUGGAUUCAAGAUAUGUAACCCUUGAGGAGCAGCUUGCCAUCUUUCUCUAUUCAUGCCGGACUGGAAUGGGUUGUCGAAACAUCGGGGAGCGCUUCCAGCGCUCAAAUGACACAAUCACCAAAUACUUCCGACGCUCGGUGGCGAGUUCUCGUCCUCCCCCCUCAUAUGAUAUCAAGCUGCAGGCUCGAAUCCCUCCUGCUCUUGCAGCACUGCAUAACUUUAUCAUUCAGCAUGAUCCCGAAGAUCGUGUUGACCCGACUAUUCGCUAUGAUCCUCAUCCUGGUGUUGGGCGGAACGACUUUGACCCCAACCUGCAUGGUCGACUUGCCACCGAGAGAUAUGUGCCAGCAGAGACAGAGGAAGGCAAGACUCUGCAGCGUCGCAUUGCUGAUGCAAUGUGGGCUCAGUAUCAGGAAGUCCUGGCUCAGGGUGGGCCAGAAGAAGAUAUUCCGGACAGUGAUGAAGAGGACCCUGUAGACAAUGGUAACGACAGUGGGAUGAAUUCAAGUGAUGAUGAUGAUUACGGGAAUUAA